AAAUGACUUCCAACGCCGAACUUGCUUGCGUCUACUCAGCCCUAAUUCUGGUUGAUGAUGACAUUGCAGUAACUGGUGAGAAAAUCCAGACCAUCCUCAAAUCAGCCAUCGUUGACGUACAACCAUACUGGCCUGGUCUUUUUGCGAAAGCGCUAGAAGGAAUCAACGUCAGGGAACUGAUCACCAACAUUGGUUCUGGAGUAGGAAGUGAAAAGAAGAAAGAAAAAGAGUCUGAUGAUGAUAUGGGUCUUGGACUCUUCGAUUAGAGUACAAGUUUUUUAACUAUGUGACA